AUGUCCGAGAUUCUUGUCAUAACCUGCCCUGGGGGCAAACAAUGCUCUCGCCUUAUCCCCUUGAUCUAUAGCAAAGGGAAGUUUCAGCUUCGCUUGGCAGCACACUCGUCAAAAUCGGCUGAAAAGCUGAAGUGCCUCUACCCCGACGCUGACGUCGUAACAGUAGAUUUGCAGUCGCUUUCCGAUUGCACAAAACUACUUGAAGGCGCCACAGCUAUUAAUGCUGUACUUCCAAGCCUUCAUUCUCACGAAAAGGUCAUGGGCUUUAAUCUGAUUGAUGCUGCUGUCAUAGAAUCAAAACGGCAAGGCAAUGUGUUCAAACAUUUUCUCUUCUCCAGUGUGCUUUCUACACAGCACAGGACUCUACUACAUCAUGACCUCAAGAGUUACGUCGAGGAACACCUCUUUUUGAGUCCAAUCACUUGCUGGACAAUCCUGAAACCUGUGAAUUUUAUGGAUACCUUCCCUCUGGCAAAGCUUGUUGCUCAGGAGAAGCCGGUUCUUGAUAAAUGGUGGUCACCAAACUAUGCCAGUAGCCUAGUCUCCCUGGCAGAUCUCGCGGAAGUGUCAGUCAAGGUUCUGAACGAGAGAGAAGCUCACUAUCUUGCCGAGUAUCCUCUGUGCUCGACGAAGCCUAUCGCUGAGACAGACGUGGUCAAAUUGGUUGAAAAUCGUAUUGGAAAACAAAUCGAAGUCAGGGUUCCAUCCCUAGAGGCUGGUUCGGACAAGCUGAUGGAGUUCUUGUACGGAGCCGGGACCAGGCAACUGGGAAGCCAAGGCGAUCCUCGUGGAGACUUGGUUCGAGACACAGUUGAGCGCUUAAUUUUAUAUUACAACCGUCGCGGGUUGCAGGGCAGCCCUAAUGUGAUGAGGUGGCUUUUGGAGAGGGAGCCUACGUCGGUUGAGGAAUGGAUUGACAAUGUUUUGGCGAACGCCGCGUGA